CUUGCCAGAGGCAGAAGCUGCUGGGAGGCUGCAGAGGGAGAAGGCAGGCAGCAGGGCUCCUCUUCGCACCAUUGACACUCCUUUGGGGAACAGCUCUGCUUUGUUUGUUGAACAGGAUUUGGCUGCAGUUCUUUUUUCCCCAGUCACCUCUUUUGGAAUUUUAACCCGUUAUAGUCAAAAGAAAAGUGGCCAUGGUGAUGUUCAAGAAGAUCAAGACCUUCCAGGUGGCCUUCACUGAGCCAGAGAAGAUCUAUGGCAGCGGGGAGAAGGUGGCCGGCCGCGUGGUGGUGGAAGUGGCUGAAGUGACCCGGGUGACGGCUGUGCGAGUGCUGGCCAGCGGAGUGGCCAAGGUCUGCUGGACCUCUGGGCCCCAGCAGUGCAAGCAGGAGAUGGAGUACCUCCGCUACCAAGAGGCCCUCUCCUUGGAUGGCCAUCCAGUCGACGGGGACGGGUCUGUGAUCCUGAGGCCAGGAAACACCUACGAAUACAAGUUUGGAUUUGAGCUGCCCCAAGGGCCCCUUGGGACCACCUUCAAGGGCAAAUAUGGCUCCGUCGACUAUUGGGUCAAGGCCUACUUGGACCGUCCAUCCUUCCCCACCGAAAAGAUCAAGAAGUAUUUUAAGGUCAUGGACGAAAUUGACGUCAACACGCCUGAUCUCAUGUCCCCCAUCUCUGCCAAGAAGGAAAAGAAGGUGUCUUGCAUGUUUAUUCCUGAUGGCCACGUUUCGCUGAGCGCCAGGAUUGACCGCAAGGGAUUCUGCGAAGGCGAUGAGAUCUGCAUCAACGCCGACUUUGAGAACACUUGCUCCCGGAUCGUGGUGCCCAAAGCGGCCAUCAUCGCCAAGCACACCUACCUGGCCAACGGCCAGACCAAGGUCUUCUGCCAGAAGCUCUCCUGCGUCCGGGGAAACCACAUCAUCUCGGGCAUGUCCGAGUCCUGGCGCGGAAAGACCAUCCGGGUCAAGAAGAUCAAGCCCUCCAUCCUGGGCUGCAACAUUCUGCGCGUCGAAUACUUCCUCCAGAUCUACGUCAGCGUCCCAGGCUCCAAGAAGGUCAUCCUGGAGCUGCCCCUGGUCAUCGGCAGCAAGUCCUCCGGCAUCGGAAGCCGCAGCUCCAGCAUGGCCAGCCAAACCAGCUCCGAGAUGAGCUGGGUGGACCUCAACAUCCCCGACGCCCCAGAAGCCCCACCAUGCUACCUGGACAUCGUCCCCGAAGACCACCGCCUGGAGAGCCCCACCACUCCUCUCCUGGAUGAGCUGGACAACUCCUUCGACAGCCCCAUCUUCAUGUACGCUCCCGAGUUCAAGUUCAUGCCUCCUCCUACCUACACCGAGGUGGAUCCAUGCACGGUCAACAACAACAACAACGUCCAGUGAGCCCCAGCCAAAGAAGCCACCUUUAAGCGGUUGCUUUUUUCCUCUCCAGCUUUUAUUCUGGACUCUUUGGUUGCAUUUGCGGCGAUGGCAUCCCAGGCCGAAUGUCUCUGACGGAGGAGGACUGGAGACCCUUCAAGGGUCAGAGUUUUGUCUUUGGCAAGAAGAGAAUUGCAUGGCUCUUGCCUGGCAGACUCUCGUCUUCGUAUUUUAGGCACAGCGGAGGUUGAGAAAAAGGAGCCGCGAGGCGCGAUAAGAGAGCCUUUGCGGUGUUUCUGAACUUUCUUCCCACCAAAGAAAUUUGGAGCAUGUAGGUGUGGGUUCGUGUGGGAGAGAAGCAUUUGAGGUCUUUCGUUUUUGCCUCGGAGAAAGAGGUGAAAAGCCUUGCUUGGAAGAAAAUACUACUGAAUGACGAAAUGUAAUCUUGGCAAGGGAUGGCGCUGAGGGUACCUUGUACCCAAAGGUCUCCCAAAAGUUGUGGUUUAGGGAUGUCUGAAAGACUGGAAUAGAAACAAAACAGGUUUUUAGUAUGUCGUGUCGGUCAUCUCCCAAACAGAGGUGUUCCUUAUAAAGCCUAACACCUUGGUUUUGGGGGUCUUUAGAAGAAGGCGUUGGGGGGAUUGUGAUGACAGUUGCGGGUGCUGGAACGAAUAUAUAUAUAUAUAUAGUUCUCAUCCACAAUAGGUGAAGGAAAAGGAAUGGAAAUAGAUGAUGAGUAAGAAAUGGCAAUAAAACACUCCAUCCGAAGCAGGAAACCGAACUCCCAGUAUUUGCAAUAAAGCAAAACGGAUCGGUUUCCCCUUCCGUUCUCCGACUUUAAACAAGCAGCUCAGAAUUUGUAACUUCCUAAAGAACAAUUACACACAUAAAAGUGUUGUAAACUUUGUAGUACUUAGAUUUCUGUCUGUCAAACUAUAUGUUCUCCUAAGUAUGUAAACAAGCCCAUGUUUUUUAUUGAUAAGGGAGAGAAUCACUAUAUAUGUCUUGUGUUGUUUUUUUUGCUUGGUAUUCUGUGGAUGAACCAAUGUUUUGUUUCAGGUUGUGGGCAGCCGUGAAAGAUUUGGGGGAGAAGAAACCAGGUCUAUGGGGAGAUUUCUCUUUCCCUUUGGUUCCUUGGCAUCAGCAAUAUCUAGAAGACCAUAUAUAUAUAUAUAUAUUCUUGACAAAUGGUGCCAAAAUGGCUUUGCGUUUCCCAACAAAGCUAGCAAACUAAACCCCAAAUUGCAGCCUUAAGCUCAAGUUAAACCAAUUUGAGAAGCACAACAUUCUGCCUCUGAAAGCUGCCUUUUUCGGUGUUUUCUAGUCAAAAUAACUUGGUUUAUCCCCCACUGACAGAGAGAAAAUGCACUUUUUAAAACUGUUUUUGAUAGCACUGCAUUAAUAAAGUGUUAAUAGAGCCCAGGUUUUGUCGUUGCGAGGUGUUCAGACGCAAACUUUGGGCGUGUUGAUCCUUAUUUUGUAUUUUCUACCACGGUCGUUUGUUUUUGUGUCAUUGCUCUUUGUAUUUUGUAUUGGUUUGAACCUUAAUUAUAUUUUGUACUGUUGAAAACGCUUACUGAAGCACUCCCUUUUGGGGUCACGUUUCUAAUAAAGUUUCAAAAACUGAAAA